CCCCCUGGGGGUUCUUUCCUCUUCUCUCCCCAGGCUGGUGCGAGAGUUCGUGGCUCAGAACAACACGUCUCAAAUCAAACACGUCAUCCAGAUCCUCUCCCAGGAGUUUGCCCUCUCCCAGCACCCCCACAGCCGCAAAGGGGGGCUCAUCGGCCUGGCCGCUUGCUCCAUCGCCCUGGGCAAGGACUCUGGGCUCUACCUGAAGGAGCUGAUCGAGCCCGUGCUGACGUGUUUCAACGACGCUGACAGUCGGCUGCGGUACUACGCUUGCGAGGCUCUCUAUAACAUCGUCAAGGUGGCCAGGGGCUCCGUCCUCCCCCACUUCAACGUCCUCUUCGAUGGCCUCAGCAAGCUGGCUGCUGAUCCCGACCCCAACGUCAAAAGCGGUUCUGAGCUCCUUGAUCGGCUUCUCAAGGACAUCGUGACGGAGAGCAACCAGUUUGACUUGGUGGGCUUCAUCCCGCUGCUGCGCGAGAGGAUUUACUCCAACAACCAGUAUGCCCGCCAGUUCAUCAUAUCCUGGAUCCUGGUCUUAGAGUCCGUGCCUGACAUCAACCUCUUGGAUUACCUGCCAGAAAUCCUGGAUGGACUCUUCCAGAUCCUGGGAGACAACAGCAAGGAGAUACGGAAAAUGUGCGAGGUGGCUCUGGGGGAGUUCCUCAAGGAGAUCAAGAAGAAUCCCUCCAGUGUCAAGUUUGCAGAAAUGGCCAAUAUCCUGGUGAUCCACUGCCAGGCGGCGGAUGACCUGAUCCAGCUGACAGCCAUGUGCUGGAUGAGGGAGUUCAUCCAGCUGGCCGGCCGGGUGAUGCUGCCUUACUCCUCGGGCAUCCUGACGGCUGUCCUGCCCUGUCUCUCCUACGAUGAUCGCAAGAAGAACAUCAAGGAGGUGGCCAACGUGUGCAACCAGAGCCUGAUGAAGCUGGUCAUCCCAGAGGAUGAUGAAGUGGACGAGGCCAAGCAGUCAAUGACCCUCCCGGCAGAGCCCACCUCGGAGGAGUCCCUCUCCAAGCCAGAGGCAGCGUCCAGCGGUUCUCUGGAUGCAUCCGGUGACUCCAACUUCAGCAACAACAGUGUCUUCACAGUAACCAGCUCCGAGAGGAUCCAGGUAACCCUGAACCUGGAUGGGAUAGUUCAGGUGCUGGACUGCCACCUUCAUGACACGUCCAUUGGGAUGAUGACCAGAAUUGCGGUGCUGAAAUGGCUCUACCACUUAUACAUCAAGACUCCUCGUAAGAUGUUCCGACACACUGACAGCCUCUUCCCCAUCUUGCUGCGGACCCUCUCAGACGAGUCGGAUGAGGUUAUCCUGAAGGACCUGGAGGUGCUGGCCGAGAUCGCUUCUUCCCCGGCAGGACAGACAGAGGGUCACGGUCCCUCCGAUGGUUCCGAUGCAAGACCUGGCCCCGUGGAGCUUCACGUCCCGGCCAGGGCAGGCCAACUGAGCUCCUCUGGUGCCAAAGGCUUGGAGUGCUCCCCCUCCACCCCCACCAUGAACUCCUACUUCUACAAGUUCAUGAUCAACCUCCUCAAGCGCUUCAGCAGCGAACGGAAACUCCUGGAGACCAGAGGAGCCUUCAUCAUCAGGUCAGAGCACUCCAAGCUCCCCCCCUCCAUCAAGCACCCCCCCGGGCAGGGUGGGAUGGGGAUGACAGGGUCGAACAGCCCAAGCACCGAGCCAAAACCAUUUCUCCCAGCCUCCCUCCUUCACCCAGAUGGUUUCAGAGCAAACAGGACUUGCCUUUCACAUGUCGAGGCACCAUAUUGCUCGCUCCCAUCCCCGGAGGCAAAGUAGCUCCUUAUUAAAUUGCA